AUGGAUUCAACUAGACAGGUUUGUGGUUACUACGCAUUGAAGUUUUCCAAACUUCUACGUAGGCGUACUAUAAAAACUGCCAGGGAAGUGGCUAGGAUGGUUGUAAUUCAAAAGGCUCAACUUCUGCACCACUUCUCGGAAACAAUUGCUGGGGCAGCAACUAUCCGCUGCUUCGAUCAGGAAGAACAAUUCUAUACCAAAAAUCUUGGCCUUGUUGAUGACUUUUCACGCAUUUUCUUUCAAAUAUCAGGGUCGACAGUCGCUUGCAUGGACAGGCCUAAGGAUGGAUCUUUAGAAGAGGGUCAGGUCCGGGUCCUCUUUGCCCCUUUGAAACAUGAGAAAGUUGCUUCUAGAUUCUUAAGAAACUCUUUGGACAUCAUGCAUCAAGGGUUUGGGAGACGGAGUUUUGACCUGGAGUAUUUAUCGUUAACGGAGAUGCUGCUAUAUGCGGCAGAAUUGCACCGGAGGGGAGGAGCUCAAGGAUCUUCUCAAAGGAAAAGUUGUCCUCCGGUGUUAGAAUGCGCAAUGGAAUACAAAGACGAGCUUGAGCGCCAUCUCCUAAACAAGGAUGUGGAUGCAUUGAAAGUUGAUGAUCCCUUUACCAAGGCCGGCUUCUGGAGCAAAAUCACUUUCAGAUGGCUCAAUCCACUCUUUUCCAAAGGACAUAGAGAAAAACUUGAAGUAUAUGAUAUUCCUACUUUCCCUCAAUCAGCUAUGGCUGAUAAAGCUUACUCCUUGUUAGAAGAAUCUCUUCAGAAGGACAAGACUGAAACCCCAUCGUUAGCGAAAGCGAUUUUUUGUUCUAUUUGGGGAUCCCUGGCCUUGAAUGCUAUAUUUGCUGGGGUUUAUGCCAUUGCUUCCUACACAGGACCAUUUCUGAUUGCGAAAUUCAUUCACCUUUUAUCUUCUAAGGUUGAUGAUAGUAGCCAUUAUGGUUUUGUUCUUGCAUCUAUCUUUUUCGUGGCGAAGACAGCCGAAUCUCUUUCUCAGAGGCAGUGGUACUUUGGAGCUUGCCAAAUUGGGAUUAAGAUUCGUGCAGCCAUGUUGGCAUUGCUUUACAAGAAAUUGCUGAGGGUGAGGAGUGAUGGAGCAAGAAACGGAAAGAUUAUCAACUACAUUAAUACAGAUACUGAAAAAGUUGUGGAGUUCAUCCAACGCUUUCAAGAAGUUUGGUUGCUGCCAUUUCAAGUGAUGCUUGCAUUAAUCAUUUUGAUAAAACAUCUUGGCUGGAUCCCUUCGAUUCUGGCUGUUCUUGCUGCUGUUUUGAUUAUGGCGAGCAACACUCCUUUGUCAAAUUUGCAGAAAAGACUGCAAUCUAGGAUAAUGGAAGCAAAAGACCGUAGAAUCAAAGCAACAUCUGAGACUCUAAAAAGCAUCAAAGUCUUGAAGUUGCAUGCUUGGGAGCCUUCCUUUCUAGAUAAGUUGCUUCAUCUCAGAGAAACUGAAAGAGGUUGGCUGGUGAAAUUCCUGUACGCAAAGUCAGCAGUUGUCUUUCUGUAUUGGACUUCACCAAUUUUAAUUUCCUUAAUGACAUUCGGAGUUUGCACUAUAUUAGACAAAAAGCUUAGUUCAGGUUCAAUCUUCUCAGCUUUAGCCACCCUCCAACUGUUACAUGAGCCGAUUUAUAACAUGCCAGAGCUUUUUUCUGCUUUUGCACAUGCAAGUAUUUCAAUCAUUCGACUCCAGGAGUUCUUAAGAGAAGACAACCAAGAGAAAUCGAAGGCUAACAACUUGCCUCGGAAAAAGCAUUCAGCGAUUGAUAUUACCUCAGGAGAAUAUGCUUGGGAAACAAGCAACACAAACAUUUUGCAGCCAACAGUUACGAUUGGAGAAAACAUGAGAAUCAUGGAAAGCAACAAGGUUUCCAUUUGUGGAUCAGUUGGAUCUGGUAAAUCCAGCUUGCUUUUAAGUAUUCUCAGAGAGAUCCCUAGGAUAUCUGGACGUGGAAUUGAGGUUUUUGGUUCCACGGCCUAUGUCCCACAGACUCCAUGGAUUCAGUCUGGUACAACAAGAGACAACAUAUUGUUUGGAAACAAUAUGAACGAAGCAUUCUACAAGAACGUUAUCGAAGCAUGCGCGCUACAAGAGGACCUCGAGAGGCUGGCUCAUAAGGACUUCACAGUGGUGGGAGAGAGAGGAAUAACUUUAAGUGGAGGUCAAAAGCAGAGGAUUCAACUGGCUAGGGCAAUAUAUAGUAAAGCAGAUGUUUAUCUCCUGGAUGAUCCUUUCAGUGCAGUUGAUGCACAUACGAAGGCACAUUUAUUCAAGCAUUGUCUGAUGGGUCUCCUGUCUGAUAAGACUGUAAUUUAUGUCACCCACCAAUUGGAAUUUUUAGCUGCGUCAGAUCUUGUUCUGGUAAUGAAAGAUGGUAGAAUAGUUCAAUCAGGUGCAUACAAAGAUCUAGUUGUAAAACCACAAGGUGAACUUAACAGAUUAAUGGUUGCGCACUGUGAGUCUUUAAGCCAACUUAGCUCAACUCAGGGAAGUUCCAUAACUAGUGGAUCAAAUCUGGAAAAUCAAAAUCAAGACAGCAGAGAAACUAACAAACAAGUCAGUAAUGGGCAGUCCAUGCCGGUGGCUAAACAGGAGGAGAGGGGAAGUGGAAGAGUUAGCUGGAAAGCUUAUUCAAGCUUCAUUACUACUGCAUACAAAGGAGCUUUUGUUCCAGUUCUCCUCCUUUUUCAUGUUCUCUUUCAAGCACUACAAAUGGGAAGCAGUUAUUGGAUUGCAUGGGCAACUGAACAAGAGGACAGGGUCAGCAAAAAGCAAUUGCUAGGGAUAUUUGCUUUAGUUUCAGGUGCAAGCUCUCUUUUUGUUCUGGCAAGAGCACUAUUGUUAACAGUUAUUACCAUCAAGACCGCUCAACUUCUCUUCAUCGGCAUGAUGACAUCAAUUUUCCGAGCUCCAAUGUCAUUUUUUGACACCACUUCUUCAAGUCAAAUCCUUGACAGGUCUUCAACAGACCAAGCUACUGUGGACACCGAUAUCUCCUACAGACUAGCUGGAUUAGUAUUUGCACUAAUUCAGCUAAUCAGUGUCAUUUUCCUCCUGUCACAUGUGACAUGGCAGGUCUCCCUUUUAUUCCUCGCCAUCUUUGCAAUCUCAGCAUGGUAUCAUGUUUACUACAUAGAAACUGCCAGAGAACUUGCAAGGAUGGUUGGAAUUCAAAAGGCUCCAAUUCUUCACCACUUCUCAGAAUCAGUCACUGGCGUAGUAACUAUCCGAUGCUUCAGUCAGGAAAAAAAAUUCUACACCUCAAAUGUUAACCUGAUUAAUGACUUCUCACGCGUUGCCUUCUUUAAUUCGGCAACAAUGGAAUGGCUCUGCGUUCGGAUCAACUUUCUUUUCAAUCUUGGAUUUUUCGCUGUUCUUGUCAUCUUGGUGAGCAUACCAGGCUCAGCCACUAACACCAGCUUGGCAGGACUUGCAGUCACCUAUGGCCUAAAUAUUAAUGUUCUACAAGCUUGGGUUAUCUGGAAUGUGUGCAAUGUAGAGAAUAAGAUGAUAUCAGUUGAGAGAAUUCUUCAGUUUAGUCGGAUACCAAGCGAGGCACCUCCAGUGAUUGAAGAUAAACGUCCUAGAACAGAAUGGCCAGAGAUUGGUUGCAUCGAGUUCAGAAACCUCCAAGUGCGCUAUAGUCCUGAUCUCCCAUUAGUCCUCAAAGGAAUAACUUGCACCUUCCCAGGAGCAAAGAAGAUUGGAAUUGUGGGGAGAACAGGAAGUGGAAAAUCAACAUUAAUCCAAGCCCUAUUCCGGCUGGUCGAUUCAUCACAAGGACAGAUACUUAUUGAUGGAUUAGAUAUCAGCACAAUCGGAUUGCGAGAUUUGAGAUCCAAGUUAAGCAUAAUACCUCAAGAUCCCACAUUGUUUCAAGGAACAAUCAGGAGCAAUGUGGAUCCAGUAGAACAGCAUAACGAUUUCGAAGUCUGGGAGAUUCUGAGAAAGUGUCAUUUGGCUGGUAUAGUAAAGCAAGAUCAAAGGGGUUUAGAAGCACCAGUUGCGGAAGAGGGUCAAAACUGGAGUCUAGGGCAAAGACAACUAAUUUGCAUGGCAAGAAUACUGCUGCAGAAGAGAAAAAUUCUUGUUUUGGAUGAGGCCACUGCUUCCAUUGAUAUGGCAACUGAUAAUAUCAUUCAGAAAACAGUGAGCAAUGAAACAAACGAGUGCACUGUCAUCACUAUCGCUCAUCAGAUAACCUCUGUCAUCAGCAGUGACCUGGUUCUGUUUCUUGAUGAUGGAAAUGUUGUAGAAUGUGCAAGCCCAAGGGAGCUAAUGAGAGAUAGCUCGUCAGCUUUUUCAAAGCUGGUAAAAGAAUUCAGUGGGAACUCAUCUCAAAGCAAUGUUGUAGAAUGUGCAGGCCCAAGUGAGCUAAUGAGAGAUAGCUCCUCAGCUUUUUCAAAGCUGCAGUGUCUUAAGGGUCUCCUGUCUGAUAAGACGGUAAUAUAUGUUAGCCACCAAUUGGAAUUUUUAGCUGCAUCAGAUCUUGUUCUGGCGUACUACUUAAAAACUGCCAGGGAACUGGCUAGGAUGGUUGGAAUUCAAAAGGCUCCACUUCUGCACCACUUCUCAGAAACAAUUGCUGGGGCAGUAACUAUCCGCUGCUUUGACCAGGAAGAACAAUUCUACGCCAAAAAUCUUAGCUUGGUCGAUGACUAUUCACGCAUUUCCUUUCACAAUUCUGCAACAAUGGAAUGGCUCUGUGUUCGGAUAAACUUCCUAUUCAAUCUUGGCUUUUUCGUUGUUCUUAUAAUCUUAGUGACCGUGUCAGGCUCAGACACUAGCCCCAGCUUGGCAGGACUUGCAGUCACAUAUGGUCUAAAGAUUAAUAUUCUACAAGCUUGGGUUAUCUGGAAUGUCUGCAACGUUGAGAGUAAGAUGAUCUCGGUCGAGCGAAUACUUCGGUUUCGCUGCACAGCAAGCAAGGCACCUUUGGUCAUUAAAGAUAAACGUCCAGAACCAGAAUGGCCAGAGACCGGAUGCAUAGAAAUCAAAGACCUCGAUAGGCUUUGGGAUUUUCUUGCCGAAAAUGAUCUGAAUCCGAAUGCAUCUUUGGACAUUGAAUAUGUAAAUACAGAUGGCAAUGCUGCUGGAAAGAAGCAGCAAGACUGCAAGAUUAAUAUUAUAAACUUUUCAGAUGAUUCUAAGCAACUUUCUGAAGGUGUAAAGUGCCCAGAUGACGGGGAUGAAUCUUCAGAGUCUUUGGAGGAGGGUGAGCUGCCAAGAACUCAUCAUAAAUCUAUCAGAGAGUUUGAAGUGUCAGAAAUUGGUUGCGGGGAGUUCUUUAAGUGCACAUUUUCUAGAGUGGGGGCAUAUAGUGGAGAUUUGGGUGUUGGUGGUGAGAAUAGCAUCCAGCACAAGAAGAUUUACACAAGUGAGCCUUCUUUCUUAGUUUCUUAA